AGUGGCACCACAUUGUGUGCCCUCGACUUCUAUGAAUCGCAGGCACGACUCGACGGCGCGUUUUGCAAUAUUACCGAAGAGGAGAAAAAUAAUUACUUAUACCAAUUACAAGAUGCAGGUGUUGUGAACAUAGAAAUGGAGGCCAUUACGUUCGCAUCCAUGUGCUACUACGCCGGCAUCAAAGGCGCCAUUAUCUGUGUGGCACUUCUUAAUAGACUGAAUGGAGAUCAGAUUUCGUCGAGUAAAGAAUAUUUAGACGAUUUGCAGAUUCGGCCGCAAAUAUUGGCCGCAAAACUCAUCAAAAAACAGACCCAUGACCUGCCGGCGCUGUUUGGGGAUGUCAAGUUUGUAUGUGUGGGCGGAACUCUCAAACGCAUGAAGUCCUUCGCACAAUAUAUGGCCAAUCAAUUGAACAUUGAGUUUGACCACAAAGACUGGACACAAGCGUCUCAUCGAUACAACAUGUUUAAGAUCGGACCCGUCCUUUCCGUUACGCAUGGAAUGGGUAUCUCUUCGCUGUCGAUAUUACUUCACGAACUCAUAAAACUCGUAUAUUAUGCCAAAUGCACCAAUGUUAUAUUUCUUAGAAUAGGAACUUGUGGUGGAAUAGGCGUAGACCAGGGCACCGUUAUCAUCACCGAGAAGGCAGUGGAUGGUCUCCUGAGACCCUUCUAUGAACUGUAUAUAUUGGGGAAAGUGGUUCAGCGGCCAUCGAUAUGCGACAACGAAUUGGUGUCUGAAUUGAAGUCAAUAGCGGCUCAAGAGAUAAGUGGGUUCCGUGUGGUGAGUGGCACCACAUUGUGUGCCCUCGACUUCUAUGAAUCGCAGGCACGACUCGACGGCGCGUUUUGCAAUAUUACCGAAGAGGAGAAAAAUAAUUACUUAUACCAAUUACAAGAUGCAGGUGUUGUCAACAUAGAGAUGGAGGCCAUUGCGUUCGCAUCCAUGUGCUACUACGCCGGCAUCAAAGGCGCCAUUAUCUGUGUGGCACUUCUUAAUAGACUCAAUGGAGAUCAGGUUUCGUCGAGUAAAGAAUAUUUAGACGAUUUGCAGAUUCGGCCACAAAUAUUGGCCGCAAAACUCAUCAAAAAACGUUUGGCUGAAUAUAAGGCACACAAACUUUAG